AUGUUUGAUCCCCCUCCCUUGUAUCUUAUGCAAUCAUCCAAGGCUUCUCCAAGAUCUGCAUAUUCAAGAUCACCCUCUCCUCGUUCGCCCAAAAGACGUUCGCGUUCACCUAUUCGUCGUAGUCGCUCACGCUCUCGUUCAGCAAGCCCAGAACAUCUCCACUCUAUCCUCAUUACUAAUUUGACGCGAAAUGUCAAAGAAGAUCAUGUCAGAGAGAUAUUCAGCGAAUUUGGCAAGAUCAAGAGCCUUGAAUUUCCCAUCAAUAAGCUCUUGAAUACAAACAAGGGAAAGGCAUACAUUGAUUUUGAGACGCAAGAGGACGCUAAUAAGGCCAUAAGUUAUAUGGAUAAUGCACAAUUGGAUGGCAAGAGAAUUGUCUGUGUUGUUGCUCCCAAACAUCGUGAGAGAUCCCCUUCACCACGCAGAGCUCGUUAUUCUCCACCUCCAUAUAGAAAAGCCAACAACCGUGGCCCACCACCUUCAGUAAACCGUCGUGGAGAUCGAUAUGGAACCGGCAGAGACAGAGGAAGACGUUAUUCUCGUUCACCUUCCAGAUCACCUAUACGACGUGGAAGACGCUAUUCCUAUUCUCGCUCAAGAUCUCCCAGUCGCAGCUUUUCUCGUGGAAGAAGACGAUCUUACUCUCGUAGUAGACGCAGCUACUCUCGUGGACGCAGUUAUUCUCGUAGCAGAAGUUAUUCUAGAAGUUUGAGUCGUAGCCGUAGCCUCAGUCGUAGCAGAUCACCUAUUAGACGCAGUAGGUCACCCAUCAGACGUAGCAGAUCUAUUCGUCGUAGCAGAUCAUCUCUUCGAAGAAGCCGAUCUCCUAUUAGACGUAGUAGAUCCAUCAGACGUAGCCGAUCUCCCAUCAGAAGAAGCAGAUCCAUUCGACGCAGUAGAUCCCCUCUCAGAAGAAGCAGAUCAAGAUCAUAUAGCAGAUCACUUUCCAGACGCAGAAGUUCAAGUAUUAGACGUUAA